GCUCAUAUGCGUGAUGUUAUGGCUUUGCAAGAGAGAGACAGUGAAGUCAUCGACAUUUCUGUGGAGAGUCGACGAAAAUGACACAAUGGUUUCCUGUUUUCGUAGAAACAAUCAUUUGAAAUGAAGGAAGAGAGUCCCUCAGGGAAAGAACGCUACCAUUCAAAGGGAAAAUGAUGAAAACUUGGCUGUUUUGUCGUUGUUUUCUUGGGCAUUCCUGCCGAAGACAUAUUCAACUACAUUUUUGCAGAAUAUCCUUUGAACUGCUUGGCAUUUGCUCAUUUUAACGACAGUGAAAAGCACCAAGAAGGCAGAAACGUCGUCAAAAUGUUGCAUGUGUUUCAUGUCGACCUGGGGACGAUAUAUACCUUCGAAAUGGAACUGGCAAUGGAAAGUGUCCAGGUGCUUAUGAGUACAGUAGCUUCUGUGACGGGGAUUCCUGAGGACAAGCAAGUUCUUUUGAUAUCUAAUGGUGAAGCGCUGGAUCCGACAGAGAGAGUAUGCAGUUAUAGUAGUGCUGGAACUGAUACAAAUCCGAUCUUUCUGUUCAGUAAAUCUACCAUUGAAUCAUCCAUUCCUCCAUCACCCAGCCUCAACUUAGGAUCAGAAGAAAAUUUAAAGGAGCAAGUUGACAAAUCUUUCAAUUUACCGCCUACAUAUGAAACUCUUGUAUCCAGAGCUCAGCUAGCCGCGGACUUCCAUUCACUAGCAGUGGAAAUUGCAGAAAACUGUGAAAAUCUAGUUUUCGAGCAAAAACUGCAACAGAAGGGUUGGGCAGCAGUUGUGGCCAACUUGGAAAGUACUGCAAGUGAGUUUAAAGCACGAUCAAGUAGUGUUCAUCAAGUUUAUUCUGAGUUUCUGGAUUCCAGGACAAGAUACAUAGAGCUACUUGACAGGUUCAAACAGAUGUUACCACUGUUAGCCAAGGUACCUGUCCUUCCAUGUCUUUUAACAAGACAACUGUUCCAAGACAGACAACAGGGCAUGUUUAGUCUCCUGGAUUGGAUAAGUGCACAGGAUAACAAGAACAGCCUUCAAGAUAUGGUAAAACAGUGCAUUGAGGCAGUUGAGCAGUUUGAUGAAACACAUCUGACUGAGAUAACAAAAGAAGUUAAUGAGGUUUUAGAAUCUCUCGAUAAGACAAACAUGAAAGAAAUCAAAGGACUGGAUGAAAGACUAGCAGGACUGCAACAGAUUCUCCAGAAUGUAAAAACCUUGACACAGUCUCAAGCUGACAUGUCACAAGGCUUUCAGUACAACCAAACUCGAGCUAAAAAUGUGGGUGACACUUCAGUACUUCCUGAUCUGUGUGCUAGUCAUCAAAAGCAGCUCAUGAUGUUGACAAAGAAUCACUCACAUUUAAGGGAUAUAAGAAAAAAAUGUGCAAGAGCCAAAGAUGAGCUGUCUGCUAACCUCCACACCAGAUUAAGGUGGAUCAUGUACAUUGAGAAGAAAAUAUGUGAAUGUGAUGGAACCAUUAUUAUGUAUCAUGAAAAUAUCAGACGAAUCAAACGAAGAUUGGAAAUCAUUGAACAAGUAAAUGAGGCACCACGUGUGUACAUCUUAGCUGUGGCAGAAGUUGUAAGGAGGAGAUCAUUUUCUUCACAGUUUCAUAAGUGGGCUAGCAAGUUAUGUGAGGGCUCAACACAGGCAAGAACAGAAGAAACUGCAAAGAGAGAAGAAUUUGAGUUGCAUUUUGGCCAGCAUUUUUUGCAAAGUUUGUUCAGUGGUAUGUCUGACAGACCAUCAAGAUUUGUGGAAAAGCUGCCCAAACCUUUUGAUGAACAGCUUCCCAUAAUAACAGAAAGAGACCUUCAAGAACUGAAGGAUCAGAUUCCAGAAUUAGCUUCAUAUCUCGAGUCUUGCUCCAUCAACAUCAGCAUGAGAGAUGAAAGCGGAAAAAGUAGUUUCCUACAAUUAGAAGAACUUGAAAAUCUUAGUAGUGUUGCCCAGUUUCCUGUGAUUUUUGGAGGUAGAACUAGUGAAAGUAUAACCGACAAGAAGGAAGCAUCAUUACUUGCUGAAAUGUCGUCUUCUGAAAACAAAGCAACACAAAUGAGCAUGGAUGCUUCAACACAAGUUGAAUGGACUUGCAAUGAAAGUGAGAGCUCUCCUGUACAAGAUGAGCAAGGUCCAACUGAAUUAUACUGUGCUAAGGAUGUUCCAGACAUCAGUGAACAAACUAACUUGACUACAGAGGCUUCUGACAACAGUGAGUCUAACGAAAGGAAAAAAAGUAACAGUGACACUGGUUCUGAGAAAAGCUCAGCGCUUGAUGAUAGUGACUUAGUUUUUCGAUCAGCACAUGAGGAUUAUGUGACAGUUUUUGACGCUGAUUUGGCUGGAAAUGUUGAAGAGAAAGAAUCCCCUUCUGAUAUCCAACCAGUAGGUGAGCUUCAAGACGAUUGUACUGCUCUUCUUGACGAUGCAAGUCAAACACCGACUCUCGGUAGUUCUGGAACUCAGAGCACGGAUCACAGCACUCAAACAGAGAGUAGCUCUGACAGUAAUCUGCCAGUUCAAGGGAGCGGCUUAGAAGAGUUUGGUAAGGAAGUGACACUUGUUUCAGAUCAUCAAAGCUUUGAGAGAACAAGUCAGUCCAUGGCAAAUGAAAUGUUUGACAGACUAGAACAGCUGGAGGAACAAUUAAGAACUAGUGAAGUGUGUUUAGAGAAGGCUAAUUCCAAAAAUGAAACACUUCAACAAGUGAAUUCAAAGGUCAGAGAUUGUGUUAAGGGUGAGUUUGAGGUCAUUCGUCAGUGUCUUAAUGACAGUAGACAGCUGAUUUUGGAAUGGGACUCGAAGGUGAAGGAAGAUGUUCUAGUCACUGUUGGUAAUUUACACCAAAAAGCAGAUUUGUUUAGGGAACAAGCAAUCCAAAACACAACUAAAAGAACUAGAAAAGAGUAUGAAAGAGAGCUGGUACAAAUAAACUCACAGUUUGAGCAAGAAAAAAGCACAUUUCUUGCAAUAAAAUCUAAACUUGAGCUUGAGAAGGUUGAAAUUCUAAAUAAACUUGGACAAUUACAAACUGAUAAAGAAAGAAGCGAACUUCGACAAAGACAAGAAAAUGAAAAGUUGGUUAUGAUUGUCAAUGAGUACAAAACUAAACUGGAAGAACAUGAAGGUGCAGCACAGAAAGUUCAAGAGAGUAAAUCACGCUAUGAAGAAGAUCAGCAAAUACGAUUCAAUGCAAUAAUGAUGAAGCUGAAGAGAGAGAAAGAACAGGCAGUCCUACAAGCACAAGAAAAAAUCAAAGAGCUAAAGCAACUGGUAGAACAACAAGAGAACAAUAUAAAAUCCUUAGUGAUGGAGAAAGAGAGAGUCAUAGUAGAUUAUGAACAGGCACGUGAGGUCUUCUGUGGACGAGAACAGGAGCUACUGGCUGCUUUACAAGACAAAGAAUCCAAAAUUCUAGAAGCUGAAAUUCUGAUGCAAAACAAAGAAGCAGAGUAUUUAGAACAGAUUGAACAGGAGAAAGCGUCAACAUUAGCCCUGCUGCAACUUGAGCGACAAAUGUGGGAAGCAGAAAGAAACAAAGACUUAAAAGGAAAAAGCCAGGAGCCUGAGUGUGGCACUGAUGCUGUUCUGGAGGAAGAUUAUCAACAGAGGAUUCAGCAACUGGAAGAAGAAAACAGGAAACUAACUGAAACGUUGUCAGAACAAACUGAUGGAGACGGCUCAACAUUGCAGGGGGUGCAGCUGAAACAGGCUUUGGAUGAAAAAGAUCAACAGAUUAAAAUUCUUCAGCAUCAACUAAGUCAGAUGCAGCAGUUAGCUGGAGCAACUGCAGCAACAUCAAAGAUGGAUAAAAUCUCCCUGAGAGACUUUCAGAAUGGUGACCUGAUUCUUUUGGUGUUUGAUGAACGAUAUGAAAACUAUCUUGUGUUAAGUACAGGACAGACACUGUUCUUUUUACAUCCUGAAUCCAUGAGUGGACUCGAUAUUGCAACAAGUGGCCCAAAGAGACGACCAUGGAUGUUGGCACAGAUGACAGAUAAGGAGUAUUGUCAAGCUAAAAAGCCACAUAACAGGUUUCGAGUUCCUGUAGGAACAAAGUUCUACAGAGUACAAGCCAAGCCUUGUCAACGAUAAUCAUGUCAGGGAACCUGACAGACUUCCUGAAGACAAUGAAAGCAGCAGACUAAAAGAGAUGUCAUUUUUCUCCUCAUGAAAAAGAGUGGGGUAGUGCAUUGUUAAGUUUAUGUUAAAGGAGCUCAGUCACGGUUUGCACAUUUUGAUAAGUUUAGCCUAAAUUUUUCAAAUUCAUCGUUUGC